CCGUCGGCCAGCCCAGUGCCGUGGCGUGCACCGACCGCGAAGCACCGCGAAGCACCGCGCAGUGGCGGGACGCGACGAGACUGCGCGACGACGCGCGCCCCAUGUGCCAGCGGUGCCAACGCACCCCCACCUACACACUUCGCAACCGAGCAGCCUCAGUGAACGCGUCUGUGUGCGUGUGAGACAAGCAGCAGGACAACAAGGGCAGCGCGCUUGACCACGCCCAGCACCAUGCCUGCAGCACGCCGUCUUCUGCUGCCCCUGUGCGCGCUGGCGCUCUGGUCCGCGUGCACGGCGCUGCCCCUGUCCGGCCAGGGCGGCAGGGCGGCCUCCUCCAACCACUCCAAGGUGCUCAUCAUCGGCGCGGGGGCGGCCGGGUACGCCGCCGCCUCUCGCCUCAUGGAGAACAACUUCUACGACCUGACCAUCCUCGAGGCGGAGAGGCGGAUCGGCGGCCGCAUCCACACCGUGCGCUUCGCCGAGAACAUCGUGGACCUGGGCGCCGAGUGGGUGCACGGCGAGGUGGGCAACGUGGUCUACGAGAUGGCCGAGCCGCUCGAGCUGCUGAGUCACCAGAACAAGGGCCUCAGCUCCAACAUGGCGUUCGUGUGGAGCGGCGGCGCCGUGGCGGACCCCACCGAGAUCGAGCUGCUGCUCAACGCCAGCAACUCCAUUGGCUCCCGGCGCGACACGCUGGACCAGCUCGUCAACUACACCGGCUCCUACGGCGAUUGGUUCCUGGACCUGUUCCAGCAACGCCUCAUGACCAUGGAGCGCCACCCGCCGGCCGACCUGGUGGACCGCUUCCUGGGCUGGUUCGAGAAGGCCAUCGGUUUCUACGACGGCUCCGACACGUGGUUCAACACCUCGGCCCAGGGCCUGGUGCACUACAAGGAGUGCGACGGCGACCUCCAGCUCACCUGGAAGCGGAACGGCUACCGCACCGUGUUCGACCUGCUCACCAAACGGUACCCCAAUCCGGCGCAGGAACUGCCGGUUCGCCAGCGGGUUCACCUCGGCAGCGAGGUGGCCACCAUCCGCUGGGCCGAGCGAGUGUACGGCCCGAACCCUUACGGCUCCCAGCCCUACCAGGAGCCCUACCAGGAGCCCUACCAAGAGCCCUACCAGGAGCCCUACCAGGAGCCCUACCGGGACCCUUACAGGGACAUGCGACGUCUCGAACCUCAGCCAGAACCCCGACCGGAGUCUCAGCCUGAACCCCGACCGGAACCCCAACCCGAGCCGCAGCCCGAGUCCCAGCCCGAACCCCAACCCCAAGCAGAGGUUCAAACUGAAGCCCAGCCCGAUGCUCAAACCGACGCUCAAACCGAGGCCCAAACCGAAGCCCAAACCGAGGCUCAGACCGAGACUCAGACGGAGACGCAGACGGAGGCGCAGCCCACCCCGCAGCAGCACAACGAGGUGACCGAGGCCUCGGACGUGGACGCCACCACGCCGCCGACGGGGACGGACGCGCCGCAAGCCGACGACCCCAUGGCGAACCACAUGGCGGACGACCCGAUGGCGGGCUACCUCGACGAGGCCCCCGCCGCCGACCCCAGGCCCCCGAUCGUCGUGGAGCUGUCCAACGGGGCGCGCUACACCGCCGACAUGGUGAUCGUCACCGUGUCCCUCGGCGUCCUCAAACACUCGGCCGACGCCCUGUUCGACCCGCCGCUGCCCCAGCGCAAGAUGAACGCCGUCCGGAACUUGGGCUUCGGCCAGGUCAACAAGCUGUUUCUGUACUUCUCGGAGCCGUGGUGGCCGAGCGCGCUCAGUGGGUACAGCGUGCUGGUGACGGAGGACGACCUGGAGCAGUUCAAGCGCAAGUACCCCCAGUACGGCGUGCACGGCCAUUGGGUGCAGGGCCUGUCCGGCUUCUACAUCGACCAGCACAAGCCCAACGUGGUGCUCAUGGACUGGAUCGUCGGGGAGCCCGCCCGCGUCAUGGAGCGCUACUCGGACUACCAGAUCAUGAUGGGCUGCAAGCACUGGCUCGAGAUGUUCCUCGGCCACAACUACAGCAUCCCGCUGCCCAUCGGCUUCACGCGCUCCAAGUGGUGGAGCAACCCCCACUUCAAGGGCUCGUACAGCUACCGCUCCCUGGACUCGGACCGCGCGGGCGCCUGGGCGGCCCACCUCGCCGAGCCCAUCCUGGACAGGCAGGGCACGCCGGCCGUCAUGUUCGCUGGGGAAGCCACGCAUGACCACUACUAUUCAACUGUUCACGGAGCCAUAGAGACUGGCUGGAGGGAAGCAGACCGUAUUUUAAGCACCAUCAAGUCGGAAGGAAGAUUUCGUACGCCAUACAGUCAAGACCGAGACCGUUUCGCUGAUAGACUAUAGUUUACUUAAGUUAGAGUUUAAAGAAAUACGAUGGUGAGAGGACAGAAUGUAAAAAUCAUGCAGAUAUAAUUACUCUUUCAAAGCUUCACACUUUCCUCAUUCAACCUCAAAGAGGUAUGUAGUUCAUUACUUUUUCAUUGAGUCUAGUCCUUCACAUUCUCAAGCAGGACUUGAGAAAAUCUCAACUUUUUGUAAUUACAAGCAGGGAAUGCCAAAGCCCAUUUGCUGAAAAGAGCGAAAGAAAUCUCAGGAUAAGCCAUUGUAAAUUAUUUAUCAUAUGAGUUUUAACAAGUAGAAGUUGUACAUUGGUAAGCAUUGUAAAUAAAAUAACAUCCAUUCCCA